UCUAAAACCCUAGGCUAUGGCGAGCCAGGUCCUGUUGGGAGCGCCAAGCUUGGCGCCGUCGACCGCAUUCCCUGCCUCCCGGCCGGGGAAGAGCCCCGCGGCAUUGCGCAAGAGCGUGCUAGGGUCUCCAGCUCCGGCGCCAUCGCCAGCACCAGUUCGUCUCUUCGCGAAUCCGAGGUAUGGAACCAGAUGCUGCUCAUACAGCGCUGAUAGCAGCGCCUCGAGCGGUGGUGGGGGUUUUGGAGCUGGUUCUAACCCCGGCUAUGGCGGCGGCGUGAGCAACAACAACAACAUCUGGAUUAAUCCCAAUGCCACCGAGGAGGACAAGAAGAACUUCGUCUACAGCACGGGGAGCUCUUCUAUCGACAAAAGGAUUGGGAAGACAUGGGCGAAUCCAAGCGCUGGUGGCGUAGAUAACCCCGGUGGGGGCUAUGGUAGCUCUGUGGCUCCUCCUGGCGGUGGCGCUGAUUAUUCUGGCCAGAAAGGGGCUGCUUCUAGUGGAGAAGCUGAUGCGAAUGCUCUAUCCGGUGGAGGAUCUACUGGAAGCGCUGCUGCUUCUGGUGGACUUGGUGGUGCUCCUGCUACUACUUUUGAUGCGGCUGCUUCUCCGGCUACUCCAUCGACCACUGGUUAUACUGGAGGCGCUGGUGCUCCUGCGGGUGGCUAUGGUGUGAGCUCGUCGACGGGCUAUGGCGGUGGCUAUGGCGCGAGUGGAGCUUCUUCUACUGGCUAUGGAGCUGGAACGUCCUCGACUGGUUAUGGUGCUGGAACGACGCCCUCGACCGGAUAUGGUGCUGGAACGUCCUCGACUGGCUAUGGUGCUGGAACGACGCCCUCGACGGGCUAUGGUGCUGGAACGUCCUCGACUGGCUAUGGUGCUGGAACGACGCCCUCGACGGGGUAUGGUGCUGGAACGUCCUCGACUGGUUAUGGUGCUGGAACGACGCCCUCGACUGGAUAUGGUGCUGGAACGUCCUCGACUACCGGAGGCUAUGGUGGAAACCCAUCAACAGGCUAUAGCUCGCCUGGGUCGACCGGAUACGGAACUUCUUCUGCGUCCACCGGCUAUGGAAGCUUUGGCGGAACGUCCCCGGCAUCGACUGGCUAUGGGACUGGCACAACCCCGAGCUCCACGACCGGUUAUGGAACGUCGACUGGUUUUGGAGACGCGUCCACUGGCUACGGUGGAGGAAACUCAUCCACCUCGACUGGCUAUGGUCAAAACUCUUCGACGGGCUUUGGUGAUGGUCAAAACUCUUCGACCGGCUUUGGUGGAAGUUCUACUAGUUCUGGCACGGGUUACGGUGGAGGUGGUUCCUCGACUGGAUAUGGAAGCUCGGGAAAUUCUUGGGGUGGAAAUGCUUCAACCGGAUAUGGUGGAAGCUCGUCAGCAGGGAGUACCUUCGGUGGGGGCUACGGUGGGAACUCCUCGACUGGAAGCGGAUUUGGCGGCUCCACAAAUUUUGGAGAAAGUUCUUCGACUGGAAGCGGCUUUGGUGGCUCCACUGGUUUCGGUGGGACUUCUUCGGGUGGCUUUGGUGACAAUUCUUCAACUGGAAGUGGCUUUGGCGGUGGUUUCGGUGGAAACUCUUCGACGGGCUUUGGUGGGAGCUCAACCGGCUAUGGUAGCUCCAACGGCUUUGGCGGGAGCUCCUUUGGUGGCGGAAGCUCAUUCGGCAGGAGCUCGCCUGGCUUCACGCCCAGAUACCACAGCAACCCGACGACGCCCAACGCAAGCACUGACUUUGGGUGGAGGAAGGGGAUGAGCACCGCUCCAACGCCGCCACCGCCGCCGCCAUCCACAGAGCCGGACAGCUCUACGACGCCAUUCUCGGCUACAAGUUUCCUCGGGGGAAAUCCUGGAGCUUCCUCGCCCGGAUACGGGACCACGCCUAGCUCUUCGUAUCCGGGAGGCUCCACAGGAAGCUCGUUUGGCUCCACAGCGACGGGAGGCUACCAAGGAAACUCUACGGGCUUUGGGUCCUCGACGAGUGGCGGCUACCAAACGAGCAGCACUCCAGACUUUGGAUCCUCGACAACGCCGUCGUGGAACAGCGCACCAUCUUCGAGUCCGAGCACGGGGUGGAACAGUGCACCGUCUUCGAACCCAAGCACGGCGUGGAACAGUGCACCAUCUUCGAGUCCGAGCACGGGGUGGAACAGUGCACCGUCUUCGAGCCCCAGCACGGCGUGGAACAGUGCACCAUCUUCGAGCCCGAGCACGGGGUGGAACAGUGCACCAUCUUCAAGCCCGAGCACGGAGUGGAACAGCGCACCAUCUUCCAGCCCGAGCACGGGAUAUGGGAGCAGCGCACCAUCUUCAAGCCCGAGCACGGGAUAUGGGAGUGAGAGCGCUGCUGCAACUAGCUCGCAGGCGGCAGCCCCUGGAGCGGCUUCAAGUUUUGAAUCAGGUAUAUAGUCUUUGAGUAUGAUUUGGUUUCUAAGAUUGAAUACAAUGUUGUUGACGCUGGUAA